AAUCUAAAUGCAACAUUAAACACCACUCUAAACAGGAAGUUCUAAAUCUUGUGACUCAGAGCAUUCUGCAAUUUCAGAGAUUUCCUAAGUUCCUCUUCCUUUGAGCAGAAUCAUUUCCAGAGAGAGACAAGAAAUGGCAGCUUUCAACAACUUAAAAAACGUUCUAAUGCUGGCAUUUGACUGGAUUCUGUACAGUGCUGGUGUUGCAGAUACCUGCCAAGUCACUGUAACACAGCCCAGGUCUCAGGAAGCUGACUCCUCCACGCACACAGUGUUCCUAACAUGUGCUUUCUCCUCCUCUGGGUGCCCCUCAUCCUCACCCCAAAUUCUAUGGUUUCGCUUUCUGACUAAUAAACAUGAGGAUUUGUGUACUCCUGGGUGCACAGAUCAUCAGAAGUACAAAGUACAUGUUUCAUCACAAAACAACAUUUCACUUCAGAUCAAUGAUCUGACUGCAGAUGACAACGGUGUUUAUAUCUGCGGAGUAGCAUAUUCAGAUUCAAGUUCACCCCAUUCUAAACAAACAGGAAGUGGAACAGUACUAACAAAAACAGGAGCAGAGAAGCAGCAGAGCAAUGGAAAACUCGUCUUCAUCUUCAUGAUCAUCAUCUCCUCCUUACUGUUUCUAUACAGCACUACUGUAUUCACAUUCUUUGUAGUCUACAAGUUAAAACCAAAGCUGCUAAAGAAAAGCAGGAAUGAAGAUUCAAGAACAGAGGACUGUAAAAUCAGGAGUGGACGACAAAUUUUUCAAGCAAUUGCCCAAGAACUUCAAAAGCAGAGGUAUGCUGAGCAUUGGCAACAGCCUGAUGAAGUGGAAGAUGACACUGUUUACCAGAACAGAUGAGCGUGUGCAUAGUUCAGAUUUGUUCAACAUUUCUCAUGCAAGCAAAGGGCACACGAAGAAGUCAAGCUUCUUCACAGACUUUCUUGACUUAAAAAGUGAGGGAAAAACCUUGCAAGACAGUGUUCAUCAAGAAUAUUUUCUGAACAAAUCACCAAACCCAAGCACAAUGUACAUUACAUCUAUGUUAUAUAUUAUUGCAGAAUGGAAAAUGGAGUAAGAACUGUGGUGAAAGACUC